AGAUUCCGUGGGCAACCCGUCAUGGCAAUGGCGCCUCCGCCCGUGCCGAACCUGCCACUGGGCUACGUGUUCAGACCCAAGGCCCGGGAGCUCAUCCAGCACUACCUCGCCCCCAAGGCGCUGGGCGGCUACUUCACCCCGGGCUUGGUGGCGGAGGGCGUGGACGUCUUCUCCGCGGCCCCGGACGCGCUCCCCUUCAGCCGCGGCCACCGGCGGGAGAACGGCGAGGUGUGGGGCUACUUCUUCGCGGCGCACCCCGCCGGGGAGAGGGCCCCGGCGCCGGGCGGGUGCUGGAUCCCGUACGGCCCCGAGAAGGCGUACCGCGGCGGGACCGGCGGGGAGGCGGUCGCCUUCAGGCGCAACCUCGCGUACUACGUCGCGUGGCGGGGCGGCGAGGGCGGCGGCGACGGGGUAUGGGCGCGGACGCCGUGGCUGAUGGCGGAGUACCGGCUCAACAAGGGCGGCGCCGCCUUCCGCUGCGCGCGGCCCGGCCCCGAGGCGAACAUGGACUGUGUGGUCCGCAAGGUCUUCAUGAAGCCGGCGGUCCCUCCGCCGCCUGCCCGCUCCAGCGACGACGAGAGCGCGGGCUCCAGCUCCAGGUACCGCAGCGCGGACGAGGAAGCCGGCUACCCCGGCGAGGAGCAGGCGAGGAAGCGCGCUCGAUGGGUCUAGUUGAGACUUUGGGACGGCCGUGAGAUUGAUUGGGUUCCAGAAUUGCAGAAACCAGUAGAAUCAAACGAUUUGACGACAAGCAAUAUGAUCGAAAAGAGUAGUAUAAGUAGAGUCUUGUUGUAACUAGUUUUGCAGCCACACCAUUUUUCUUUGGACCAGAUAAAUGCCACGACAAGGCAUACAUAAUGUAGUGAUUCAAUAC